CCAUACAAGUACUCUUUUAGUUAAAGAAUUUGCGUUUUGAGCCAGGGAUGCCGAAAUCGUUUCUACUAAGAAGAUCAAUUGACGAAGGAAGGCGGAACGAAGAAAUUGACGACGACGCUUCCAGUUCAAAUUCAUUAAAAGGGGUUGAAUCAAACCUGAGCAAUACUGCAUUGCCGUCCAAUCAAGAGAAUGGAUAUGACAUUUGGAGAUACCCUAAAAGCGAAAUACACACUGGCAGCUCAAUCUUUCAACAAAAAAUCGCUAUUGGGAAUGAUGGAAAUGGAGCAAAUGGUAACAAAUUGCACUUUCUUCUAGUCGCUGCGAAACAACUUGCCAUCAACGAAAAGGAGCAUAAGUCGAGGAAGGCAGAUUAUAGCAUAUCUCGAGAGUCUUUGAGAUCAAUAACAAAGAGUUCCAACAUAGUAAAUGACGGGAAUACUUCGCAGAAUAAUCAAAGUGAUGUAGGUUCCAAUUAUGAAAACCGUGUCGGCAAUGGUUACGCCAGUGUAUUUAAUAGUGACGGGGAUUUCAAAGAUGAUAGUGUUUUUGAUUCCGAAGACACCAAUUCAACGUCGGAUGUUAGUGAUCUUUCGGAUUUAAACAACAACAACAACAACAUCGAUGAGGAUGAAAUUGGAGACAGUAGCAACCACAAUAGCAGUUCGAAAAAAGCUAGGUACCAAUGCGAUCAAUGUGGCAAGGUGUUUAAGACAAGAUACACUUUGACUAUCCACCUUAAGAUGCCGAUUCAUACCAAGAGUAGGCCAUUUGUCUGUAGCGUCUGCGGCAAAGGUUUUCGAUUAUCUAGCACUUUAUGUCGUCACAAGAUCAUUCAUACCAAAGAGAAGCCCCAUCGUUGUCACGUUUGCUCAAAGGCAUUCAACCGGUCUUCAACCCUGAAAACUCACAUCAAGACCCAUAGCAACGUUAAAGAGUUUGUUUGCCAUAUAUGUGGGAAAGGCUUUCAUCAAAAGGGAAAUCUGAGGAACCACUCCCUCAUUCACACCGGCGAACGGCCAUAUUCUUGUCACUUUUGUGACAAAGCCUUUAAUAAGAUGAGCAAUUUGAAGUUUCAUAUGCAGACACAUGAUGAGAUCUCAAGCGAAGCCUGAAGUGUGGAAACGUUGUUUUUUGCUACCAAAAUUCCAAGAAAACUGGACACAUUUAAGGUUUUCACCUAAGUUCCAAACUGGCACACGUAUGGCAUUGACGCACAUGGGUCUGAUUAACUGAUAACAGUUCUGGUAAAUAACACUUUGGUACACGUGCAAUGCUAAGAUGAUACGUUCGAAUUGUUUGAAAUAGAGUGGUCAGAUUUACAAGAUUAAACCUCUCUCUGCAUUGGUUCAAGUGUUGUCAAAUAAACAUGAAUGUUUCACACAAAGGAUUAUUCGGAAAGAACUGUUUAAGAACUUUAAACUCACCAUUAUAUUAUGCUGGUGAUAACAACAUAUUUUUUAUAAGAACAGUUCGAAUUCUAUUCUGUUUUAAGCACUUUUCGUAGUCCAACCGAUGUGCUUCCUGACCUUAAAGCAAGGCAUCCGUACCUUAAAGUUAGAAAAUGAAGCUUUCGGAAAGUCUAAACAUACAACUUACAUCUUUGAACUUCGUUUAAAAAUUAACUUGGCAAUAAACUUAAAGGGACGAUUUGUUAAAGGCAACGAGUUUAUGUACGCCGGCAUACGAAUACGCAUUUGAUUAUUCCUCGUGGAGUAACUGACCACGUGAAACCUAUGUUUUUUUUAAAAAAGAUAGCGAAAAAGCAAGACUGAUCACUUGAAAAAUCACAUAAACAACAUUUGCUCAAAGCGAUGCUUUUUGUUCUAUAUAGACUCUGUAACUGUACUUACUCUACUUAAGACAAACGGUUUUUAUACCUUGCGCUUUACUUAUAUCUACGGUUUGUUUGUAAAGACGAAAAUUGAGUUUCAAGAUUUUAUCAAUCCUUACAAAAAUAUAUUUGAGAUCCUUUUACUAAUUGCUGCAUUUCGGGCUAUUUCAUUAAUUUUCUAUUGUUUCAUUGAAAGGAUAUGACGCCAUUAUGACAUUGCAGCCAAAAAUUAUAGCAUUAAACUUUAUACGAAUCAACUGUAAAUUGAAUUACAAGCUGCUUAUAACUGCUGCUUUAAACCACACAUGAUCCCAACAUAAAAAAGGAUCUAUUGAAGUAUGACAUAGAUUUAACGUCUGUUUUUUUGCUGUAAGUUGACAAUCGGCGAGGAAUAUCUUUUUUACCCCUCAUCUGUCUUUUUCUUCUUCUACCAAGCGUGAAGGUCUAACUACCCCUGAUAGUUAUAGUACAGCUUUCGAUCACAACUUUCAUCUAAAUUGUUUUACUAGCCAAAAUUUCUGCUCCAAAUCAUCUGAAACCGUUUUCAAUCGACACACAUCUUUUGACUUUUCUCCCGCAUUUUCCCGUCUCAUUAGAACCAGUCAUAGGAUUUCUUUUUGAAUUUUGCAAUCACCAUGUCAAGGUUUCCUUGUGUUUAGAAAGGUUUUUCACUUUUAAUUCACUUUCACUUUUUUAGCCCAUAAUUUAUUGUCGAUUCCAGCAGAAUCCUAUCUGUAGACAUUAAGCUGUUUAUUUAAGCUUUGCAUGUACCCUUUGUUUUUAUCAAAUGCUUAGUUUUUAUUUAGUUAACUCAGCCUUUAUCUAUAUUAAUUUGUUUCUUUGUAGACUGACGUUUUGACAUUUAUCUCUUUUUCGAGGUUUUUGUUGUUUUCUUGUUAUUUUACAAGGUUUAAUAUUAUUGUGUAUUGUAAGCACAUCGUUAGAUUUGUUUGUACAAUGAAGCUAUGUGUAUUUUGUGCACGUCGUUGAUAUCGUCAUUGGCCUAAGG